UUUUUUUUGUUUUUUUUUUCUUUAUUUAUUAUAAAACGAUCCACUUUAUUAUUAUUGUUAUUAUUAUUUAUUCUUUAUUCUUUACAAUAAAGUCAUGGGAUCUGGUUUUUCUCGUUUACAAAAGAAAAACAACAUUUCACAACAUUUUGCUGACAGAACAAAUGGAAGCGACACUAUGGAUGGAGCUUCUUCUUUUACUUCAUAUUCGGCAAAAUCGUCUGAAUUCAAGUGUUCUUCUAUAGAAAAUACGAGUUAUUGGUUACCAAAGUCUUAUGAAGAACAAGAUCGUUUGAUGGGUCAACACUUUGCUCUGAAAGAAUCAUUUGGAGGGAAUGUGUUACAAAAUGCAAAAAAGGUCACACCACUGGAAGAAGGUGCACAUAUAUUGGACAUUGGUUGUGGUCCAGGAUCAUGGUGUUUGGAAAUGGCAACGGAUUAUCCCAAUUGUGAGGUCUAUGGAAUCGAUAUUUAUGCAGUUUAUCCACAAACCAUUCGACCUCCCAAUUCUACUUUUAUGUUGGCUGAUGCACUUGAAGGACUACCCUUUCAUGAUGAAAUGUUUGAUCUUGUACAAAUUCGAUUAAUGGUAGCUGCAAUCAAAGUAAACGAAUGGCCAAAAUUAAUCAAAGAAGCUAUGCGUGUAUUGAAACCUGGUGGUAUUUUACAAAUGAUUGAACCUGAUUACCGAGAUUCUGGAGGUGGUGCUUCCCAACUUUUAGUACGAACUGUCAUCCGAUUAUGUGAAGAAAGAGGACAAGACCCUCAUGUUGGUAGUCGACUAGAAGAUCUUAUGAGGAAUGCAGGAUUAGUAAUUUUGGAUUCUAUCUCGUCUGUUUUGGAUCACUCUGAUGGAGGUAAAUUGGUAUCAGAAUGGACAUAUGAUUGGAAAGUAUUCGCAACCGUUUCAAGACCUAUUCUGGAAGUUGCUACUGGUUUAUCUGGUGACAAAUACUCAUAUUUCUUGAAGCAAAUCGAACCAUCUAUGAAGCAAUUCCAUUUCAAGACAUAUGGUAAUGCUGUCUCUGGUCAAAAAUCAUCUAUAUAGUUUCUUCAUUCCUUUCUACACAUUGUUGUAUUUAUAGUCUAUUUAUUUUUUUUACUUUGGAACUGUUUUAUGAUUAUAGUCUAAAAAAACAAAAACAAAACAAAAACAAACCUAUCUUUUAUUAUUUUUUUUUUUUAUACCCAAUUCAAUAAACAAAUUGAUUAUUUUAUCCCACA